AUGGAUUAUCAAAAUCGAGCCGGCUCCAAGUUUGGCGGCGGUGGUGUCGCAUCCUACUCAGCCACCAACGCUGACCGUCGCGAACGUCUUCGCAAGCUCGCCCUCGAGACCAUCGACCUCGACAAGGACCCGUACUUUUUCAAGAACCACGUUGGCACAUUCGAAUGCCGUCUCUGCUUGACUGUCCACCAAAAUGACGGCUCCUAUCUUGCCCACACACAGGGCAAGAAGCAUCAGACCAACCUCGCUCGCCGUGCCGCCCGAGAGGAGCGCGAAGGCAAGCAGGCCAUCGACCCAGCCACUGGUCUGCCCGCUGGCGUAGCAGCCGCCAUGGGCGUGCGCAAGAACGUUGUAAAGAUUGGCCGACCCGGAUACAAGAUUACAAAGAUUCGCGACCCGGUUUCCCGCCAGCAGGGCUUGCUGUUCCAGCUCCAAUACCCCGAUGCGACCCCCGAGACAGCGCCGAAAUGGCAGGUCAUGAAUGCCUUUACACAGCACGUCGAAGAGCCCGACAAGAACUUCCAGUACCUGCUCGUGGCGGCGGAGCCUUACGAGACUGUCGGCUUCAAGAUCCCGGCCCGCGAGCUCGACAAGCGCGAGGAUAAACAGUUUUGCUACUGGGACCCAGAUGCCAAAGAGUAUUGGAUCCAGGUUCUGUUCAUGACAGAACGCGAAGAACGUUUCAAUGCAGCCCCCGGCUUGACAGGCAGAAAAUGA